ACUAUUUUCCAUCAAAUUAAAGAAGAGAGCGGAAAGCAAAACACUACUUAUUGUUUCUCACCAAAUGCAUGUGCUGGGAUUGGAAAAAAGAAAAAAGAAACUUUGGGAAACCAAAACAAAAAAAGAUAUUAUAAUAUACAUUACCAAAUCAAAACCCAAAUGUAAUCUAGCUUUUUCUAGCUAAAUGCACAAAGGCUUUGUAAUAUGUUAAGCUUGAUUCAUGUUUGGAUUUAUAUGUCUGCAUAUUAGUUUCUUUGCUCUAUUCAUUUGAAGAGUGUUUGUGGCUAACUUAUGGUUUGCUCUCAUCAGUUUAAACAUGAAUGCUGUUGUUGCAUUGAAAUUCCUUUUUGGGCUUCCUGAUGAUAUGGCUGGGUUACGUGGCUUUCCAGAAGAGAACAUAAACUGUAUCGAGGAAUUCUCUACUCUGUUAAGUUCAAGGAUUAGUGAUGAUGACUAUCAAUCUCCAUCGGAUAUGCAUGUCACCAUGUGUCAGGUUUCAGAGUCUGUGAAAUCAUUGUUGUUAUUGUUCCAAAAUUCUACUGCUGCUGUUAAGGUGGACGAUACCAUUCUCCAUGAAAGUGUUUCUUUUCCUCUAAACAAUUUUCAAGAUCCUUCAAGAAUUCAUCACUUCGGACCAAGAUUGUUGCAGACAGCUCUUCCUUCAAGAAGAAAACUGCAACCAGCUGACAGCUCAAAUAGGCGUGCCAGAGGAGACAAUUCAGUAGUUGAGAUAACAAAUCCAACUACAUUUUCACGGGGAUUGGGCUUGGUUUUCCUCCUACAUCAGCCUGAACUUACUGCUACACUAAUUCAUGCCCUGAAGGGUGCUGAUGCUAUGAAUAAGGAAGAUUGUGUUCCUCUUCGGUAUGCAUCUGUUUUAAUAUCUAAAGGAUUUACUUGCAGUCCACUGGAAGUUGGAAUCAUUGUUGAGACACAUUUGAGGGUGGUUAACGCCAUAGAUCGUUUGCUUUCAUCAACUCCUCAGUCUGAAGAAUUUUUAUGGGUAUUAUGGGAGCUGUGUGGCUCUGAUUGCGAUGCCAGGCUUUAUUUGGCCCUGGUUUCUUUCCAAGAGGUGGUGUCAAAUUCUGAUCUGAAGCUUUGCAUUCGGAUCAAGGAAUCAGAACCUGCCAUCAAGAAUAGCGGCGGUUCACCACUUAAUCUCGCAAUUUUACACUCAGCUGCUGAGAUUGUUGAAGUCAUUGUUACUGAUUCAACUGCAACCUCUCUGUCCUCUUGGAUUGGACAUGCCAUGGAACUUCAUAAAGCUUUACAUUCUUCUUCCCCUGGGUCCAAUAGGAAAGAUGGUCCUACACGGUUGUUGGAGUGGAUUGAUGGUGGUUUAGUUUAUCAUAAAAAUGGGGCUAUUGGUCUUCUAAGAUAUGCUGCUGUGCUGGCUUCUGGAGGAGAUGCUCAUCUUACCUCAACCAACAUUCUAGUUUCUGAUUUCACAGAUGUUGUUGAUAAUGUUGCUGGAGAAUCUUCUAAUGCUUCUGACAUUAAUGUCAUGGAGAAUCUUGCAAGCAUUAUCUCUUUAAAGUCCUUUGAUGGUGAUAACCUCCGUGACUCUGCUAUAGCCCAGCUGACAACUGCAUUUCGAAUUUUGGCAUUCAUUUCAGAGAAUCCGACUGUUGCUACUACUUUGUAUGAUGAAGGUGCCAUCGCAGUUAUCUACAUGGUUCUUGUCAAUUGUAGCUUCAUGCUUGAGAGGUCCUCAAAUAGCUAUGAUUAUCUUGUUGACGAGGGUACUGAAUGCAAUUCUACAUCUGAUUUAUUGCUGGAACUGCAGUCGUGA